AUGUUGAAAUAUCCGAGUCCAGAAAGAGCCAUCUCCCUUGUCCAAGUUAUCACAGCUUUUACCUGCUGUUGGCCUCUUCCCUCGACGGCGACUAAGUCUCUGGUGCUUCAAUUUAAGAUUCUGAGAUCUUUCCUGCUUUUAAACGCGUUAGUGUUGUUUCUACCUUUGUUAUAUGCUCUGCACGUGCAUCGAAACGACGCCGAGAACGUCGCGAAAGCUGCUUGCCUGACGCUUGCCCUCGUGCAAAUAUUUUUCCAGACUUUCGUUUGCAUCGGCCAAUACGAUCAUUUUCAGAAACUAAUCGAAGAAAUGAAGAUUUGCUGUGAAACAGCGAAACCAUACGAAAGAGACGUCUUUCAACGAUACGUCGAUAAAUACUCUUUAUUUUACGUAACAUGUUCGUCGUGGUUUUACUUAACAGCAGUUAUUAUGGUUCUGGGAAGUCGGAUUAUAUCUGAUCCUUUUCCAACCAACGCCGUAUAUCCAUUCCCUGUUAACUUUGAACCCUUGAGAAGUAUCAUUUUUAUGCACCAAUCGUUCGUUGGCAUACAGUGUGCUGCACACACUAGUAUGAAUGUGCUAACUGCAUUGUUAUUACUAUUUGCUGCAGCUCGUUUCGAGAUACUGAUGAUGGAGCUGAGGAAUGUCAGUGACAUUGAAACACUGAUUAAAUGUAUGAAAAAGUAUUCGAUCGUACGGAGGUAG